AUGGGGGAUGCGCCUUUGCAGAAGCGUAUAAAAGAGUACGUGCAAGAGAAAGCAGAGGUAUGCCCCGACUCCAAUACAGAAAACUUCACGGUUCAAUUUCCAGGACCUCUAAAUUAUUCCGUGAACAACAAUGCCGUUAAAUUCCAUGGAGAUUUUACGGUUACUGAAAUCAUCCAAGAACCACUGGAGUUGAUAAUCUUAAUUGAUCGAUGUGCAUUAGACAUGAAAACAUGCGAGGAGUUCAACAAACUCACUUUCACGAACCUUUGUCGGCACGUCAACGACGAAAAGGGCGUGGUGAGUAAAUUUUUCAAAAACAUGGAACCAGCUGUACGGUGCCCAAUCAAACCAGGAAGCUACAAGUUCAAAAACGCUGUCUUUGAUCUGUCUUUCACUAUUCCUCUCCCGAUGGAAGGGUACCACUGGCAGGCCAACUUGAGGCUGUAUUCAAGGAUCAGACCGAAAAAGGAACUGCUUUGCGUUUCUUCACUGAGUUACACGCGUUGGGUUAACAAACCAUGAACCAUGUGUCAGCUCAUUCACGCCAU